CUGAACAGUGAAAUGCUAACGGCUAAUGGGUGCUGUCAAGACUGAGGUAUUUAGUGGAAAAAAAUAAAUAAUAAUGUCGCUUUCCACUGCACGGUCAUUUCUAUCAGAGGCUUGUUAUGGAGAACAAGAACUGGACGCCAACUCCGCUCUCAUGGAGCUGGACAAAGGGUUGCGGUCCGGGAAGCUUGGAGAGCAAUGUGAGGCUGUGGUGCUCUUCCCCAAACUCUUCCAGAAGUACCCUUUCCCUAUCCUCAUCAACUCUGCCUUUCUGAAACUCGCAGACAUCUUUAGACUUGGAAACAACUUCCUGCGCCUCUGCGUGCUGAAAGUGACCCAACAGAGUGAGAAACAUCUGGAAAAGAUUCUCAAUGUGGAUGAAUUUGUGAAGAGGGUGUUCUCUGUCAUCCAUAGCAAUGACCCUGUGGCCAGAGCUAUCACUCUAAGGAUGCUUGGUAGUUUGGCCUCCAUCAUCCCAGAGAGGAAGAAUGCCCACCACAGUAUUCGCCAGAGUCUGGACUCUCAUGACAACGUGGAAGUGGAGGCUGCAAUAUUUGCUGCUGCAAGCUUCUCUGCACAGUCAAAAGACUUUGCAGCUGGAAUUUGCAACAAAGUCAGUGAGAUGAUUCAAGGUUUAGACACUCCAGUGGAGCUGAAGCUGAAGUUAAUCCCCAUGCUGCAGCACAUGCACCACGACGCUAGCUUGGCAUCCAGCAGCAGAGAGCUUCUACAGCACCUGGUCAACUCCUACCCCUCCACCCCGAUGGUCAUCGUCACCCUGCACACUUUCACCCAGCUGGCUGCCUCUUCCCUCAUCGAUAUACCCAAACAGCUACAGCUUCUCCUUCAGUACCUGAAAGAUGACCCGAGAAAAGCCGUCAAGAGACUUGCAAUUAAUGACUUAAAGCUGCUGGCUAAAAAGGCUCCUCAUCUGUGGAUCAGAGAAAACACUCAGACCCUCUGUGAGUGUGCGUUAACCAGCCCCUACAGCAGUCUGAAGCUGGGGAUGUUGGCUGUACUCUCCACCCUUUCUGGAACAAUCGCAAUCAAGCAGUAUUUUCAUAAUAUCACAGGUAGCUCUUCAGUUCCCCCCCGGCUGACUGACCUUGUUAAACUGGCACAAGAAUGCUGUUACCACAGUAACCUGGCAGUGGCUGCACACGGGAUCAUAGUGCUUACCAACAUUGCCAUUUCCUAUCCAGAAAAAGAUAUUGUACAGUUGGAGCAGGACACAGUUUUGGGGGUGGAGUCCCUUCUGAUGCUUUGCAGUCAAGACAACAGCCCCACUGCCCAGGCCACGCUCAAAACGGCCCUCACGUCAUUGGUUAAGCUGCUGAAAAUUCGCCAACAUCUCAGCCAAUCAGCUGUGGAAUUCCUGCUGGGCCAGCUCCACUUAUCCUGCGACUCCUCUCGUGUCCUCAUGUGUCACGCUCUGGCAGCCAUCGCCACCCACCUGCCGGUGUUGGGCGACGGCAUGCUGGGAGAUCUAGUGGACCUGUACAGAGUGGCUAGUCACUCCUCCACUGACAAGCAGCAAGAGCUUCUGGUUUCCUUGGCAACAGUGAUUUUUGUUGCCAGCCAGUCGUCUCUUUCAGCAGAAGUGAAGACUGUCAUCAAACAGCAGCUGGAGAAUGUUGCUAACGGCUGGACGGUGUACCGCAUCGCACGGCAAGCUUCACGCAUGGGGUGUCAUGAGUUCUCCAGCGAGCUGUACCAGAGUCUGCGGACCCGCGUAGCCUCAGAGCACUUCUACUUCUGGCUAAACAGCCUGAAGGAAUUCUCCCAGGCCGAGCAGUGCUUGAGUUACAUAGAGGACGGAGACUACAGCGGAGCCAUGACUGCCAUCGCCGAAGCCCUGCGCUCCUACCAAAAGGGCAUCGCCUCCCUCACAGCUGCCAGCACUCCCCUGAGCCCUCUCACAUUCCAGUGUGAGUUCAUUAAGCUGCGGAUCGACACCCUGCAAGCCCUGUCACAGCUCAUUUGUACCUGCAACAGCCUGAAGACCAGCCCUCCUCCCGCCAUUGCUACAAGCAUCGCCCUCACCUCAGGCAACGAACUGCAGCGCUGCGGACGUAUCUCCAUGCAGAUGAAGGUAUGCAUGGAUGAGUUCAGAAGUCUGGCAGCUCGCUACUCCGAUUUACACCAGUCAUCGUUUGACGCUGACUACGCCACCCUCCGUAAUGUGGAGCUACAACAACAGAGCUGUUUGCUUGUCUCUCAUGUCAUAGAGGCUCUGAUACUGGACCCGCAGGCAGCCAGUUUUCAGGAGUACGGCACCCUCGGGGUGGUUCAGACUGAGAGCGAAUAUGAGCGACGGAUGAUGUCAGUCUUUAACCGUGUGCUGGAAGAAGUGGAGGGGCUCGCCAAGAAACACCCCCCUGUUUCACACUUGCAUACAGGUUGUCUGUGUGAUGCUGUCAUAGCUUUGCUGAAGGUGCCGCUGUCUUUCCAGAGGUACUUCUUCCAAAAGCUCCAGUCGACCAGCAUUAAGCUGGCUCUGUCUCCAUCACCACGAACACCAAGUGAACCAAUCCCAGUGCAGAACACCCAGCAGCUGACUCUCAAGGUAGAAGGAGUGGUGCAGCACGGUUCGAGCCCAGGGCUCUUCAGGAAGAUCCAGUCUGUCUGUCUCAACGUUACUUCAGUUCUCCAGAGCAAGACAGGGCCUGACUACAAGAUUGCGCUUGACACAAAAACUAAUGAGAUCGAGCAGCGGGUAGAACCCCACAACGACUACUUCAGCACCCAGUUCUUGCUGAAUUUCUCCAUACUGGGCACUCACACCGUCACCGUGGAGGCCUCCGUGGUGGAUGAGAGCGGCAUUGAGUGGAAGACCGGGCCCAAGACGACAGUGUCAGUCAAGUCCCUGGAGGAUCCGUACUCACAGCAGCUGCGCCACCAGCUGCAGCAAAGUGGAGCCCAGCCCGCUCCACAGAGGAGUGCGUACGCUCGUUUCUAGUAAAUGUGCCCUUGACGCUUUAUUUUUUAAUUUUUUUUUUAUUAGCUUGUGUACUUGACCUGUUACGUCUUGCAGAAACUGUAAUCAGUAUGUACAUAAUAUCUUUUUCAAUGAUUAAAAGACAAGAUUUAAUUUUAAUUCUAAACACUCAGUGUAAUCUAUCUAAAAUAUUGUUUGAUCAAGUGGAAAUGGCCUGAAUGUGUAUUAAAGGAGAGGUUCAGAAUUUUCAGUCAGGUGCCCAUAUGAACAGUGAAAGAGCGUAUCCUUGG